AUGCCCAAGAGAAAGGCUGAAGGGGAAGCUAAAGGAGAUAAAGCCCAGGCAAAGGACGAACCACAGAGAAGAUCCGCAAGGCUGUCUGGUAACCCUGCUCCUCCAAAGCUAGAGCCCCAGCCUAAAAAGGCCCCGGCAAAGAAGGGAGAGAAAGCACCCAACGGGGAAAAGGGAAAAGCUGAUUCUGGCAAGGAGGGAAAUAACUCUGCAAAAAAUGGAAACGCCAACACAGACCAGGCACAGAAAGCUGCAGGUGCUGGAGAUGCCAAGUGA